UUGCUUUCGAAGCUCCACAGAUCUCAGUGCACUUCUCACGCACAAUCACGAUCAGUCUACGCCAAGGCGCAGCCUUUCGACUCGUGCCUUCGGCUUUCCCGGUAGCAUCGCCUCAAGUUACACCCAUCGACCUCCUCGCAUACUGGUAGUGUUCCUAGAAUCCACCAAACAGACCACACGCCAUAAUUCGUUCGUUGCACGUCGGAACCAACCAACGUCUUCCUCUCCAUCGUUCGAUCGAUCGCUAGCACAAUCUCCCUCGUCCAACGUUUCCCCGGCAGUGCUCCGCACGCCCGUCUCAUGCACCUCCGUCUUCCUCUCGCGUCCGCCACCAGCCAUCUCCCUCCGCCAAUUCGAUCCGCGCGCAACCGAUCCCGAACCGCCGCUGUAAGAACCUGUGGCCCAUUCACAGGGCUCGAUCCGCGACUGAAUUCCCACGUAAUUUCCGCCGCAACGCGCUCCGUCGCCUGCGUUCCCAUCCGCGGCGUCUCCAGCUCGUGCCGCGUCUCAGCUCAGAAACUCUCACCGCACUCGUCGCCGCAACUCACGCUGCGAUCCGUCACUGCUAUGUCCCAGUGGUCCCAAGAGGCCGCCCGCGCACCCGUCGGCGGUGCGAUCGGCUCGCAACCGCGAGGCGGCGCGACGCGGAAUAAUGUCGUGUCUACUACCCGAACUACUAGUUCUGGUAGUAGCGCGACUGGUGUUGGGAAACGGAGUCGACUCGCAGCUUCCGUCGCCGCAUCCGGCGGGUGGCGAGUUCGCGGAAAGGGGCCGACGAUCAUGCUUCCCGCGCCGCGGUACUACCAUCAAUCGUUGCCACCUGCGGCGCGGCUGCCGCGCCAUGAUCUCAGCUGGUCCUCGGCGUUCCCCGCCGGGGUUUCCGGCGCCUCUUUCGGCGGUGGUCUCUCGUCGAAAAGACCCCUUCCGAGACGGCUAACCUCAGAAGAUCAGGACAGCUAUCAGCAGCAACAGCAGCAGCAACGGCAGCAGGAACCUCGAUUGUACCGUCUCUCUCGAGCGCGCACCCGCCGAACGGUUUGCUGCGCAACUGACGGGAGCGACGAGCCCGGAACCGGUGGCGGAUCCAGCAGCUGCGGAAGCUCCGGCCGCCGCAACAGCAGCUUCAGGCGCAAUAGCAGCGCCGGUGGGGCCAGCGGCAGUAGCAGCGGCCGCCGGAGCCUCGACGGCGGUGCCGGCGCGGCGUCUCUAGCGCCUUGGGCGGCGAACUCGCUACUCCUCCAUGGCGGAAUCAUUCAAAGCGCGCGCCGCCAACAUCUAGCUCCGGCGCUCGCUCCGUCAAACGGCUUCAGCCACGGGCGGAGGCGGUCGCGCCGCUGGUUAGUCCGCGCCGCCGCCGGCCUGCGGUCGUCUAGUAACGCCACGCUGGCAGCCGCCCUCACGCGGUUUAUUCCGAACGUGUUGGACUCGGAGCGCGGAUGCGCCGCUGCCAGUAGCUCGAUCUGCGGCGGCGGCGGCGGCGGCGGUGGCCCCGCGGACGGAUUGACGCCUUCCGCGCAAGGCGCUGGCGAGCCUGGCGCGGGGGAAGAUUGGCGGGAGAGGCUCGGAGGCGGUGGCGGAGGGGGCGCGGUGAGCAGCGGAGCGGGCGGGAGGAAGAGCAGGCGGAGGCGGAGCGGCGCGUUCAGCCGCGCGCGGCGCAGCGUGGUUGCUGCCGCCGCUGCAGGGCGUGCUGCGUCUCUUGACUUGGAACGGGUUCACUUGGAGGGCAGAAAGAAAAAGGAGGAUAAGGAGAGGGAGAAGGGUAAGGGGGCGAAGGGGAAGAAGGAGGAGUGGGAGACUAAGGAGAGUGUAUCGGGUGAAGAGGACUGCUCGUUAGAGAAGAGGUUCGGGGACUUGUUGGCUUGGAGAAGCUCGCCAAGUGCGGAACGAGGGGCGGCGAAUCGUGGAAGACGCGCGUCGAGUCGAGUCAUCUGGACCGUGUCUGCCCCACCAGCGGACACUGCCCGUGGUGCUGCUGUGCCGAGACCACAGCAAGGUGGGUACUACCCACUGUCUCCUCCCAGUGGUACGCCCAGUGGUACCACUAGUACUGGGAGUAGCGUGCAGCGUGGGAGCACCGAGUGGCGGGCGCUGUUCAGCGAGUGGAGGGCGCGCUUUGAGGCGCUCCACGGGAGCAUCCGCGCGGAGCUGGGCGCGGACCGCAUCCCCGACUUCCCCGCGCCGUUCGUCCUGGACGUGUCUCCGGUCCUGCCCGCUCGGCUCGGCCGGGGCUCAGCAGAAGCUUGGCGCUGGUCACGGGCGAGCGAGGAGCAGGAGGAGGAGCAGAGGAAAGUGAAGCUGAAUGGUAAGACCAACAAGAGCAGCGGCAGCAAGAGGAGCAGCGGUGGCGGCACCGAGGGAGGGGUGUCAGACGAGUCUGCCGCAGCAGACGCAGGAGGAGCAGAAGAAGCAGGAGGAGCGGGAGGAGCGGGAGGAAUGGGAGGAGCGGUGGUGGGAGGGGUGUUGCUGCUGAACGUGCUGGCGGCGCUGUACGGCACGUGCAGUGUGGCGUCCAAGGUGGCGGACAGCCAGGCGCAGGACAUGCCCGCCUCGCUCACUGCUGCUGUGCGCUUCAUUGCUGCUGCCGUGGCAUUUGCUCCUGUCCUCGCCUCCACUCAACUGGGGAGCAGGGGGGGGAAGGAAGAGAAGGGAGAGGAGGGAGAGGGGGGAGAGGAGGGGAAGGGAGAGGGGAAGGGAGAAGAGGCGUGGUGGAGGGAUGGGCUGCUGUGGGGAGGGGCGGAGUUGGCCGGGUGGAGUUUCCUAAGCUCCAUGCUGCUGGCGCAUGCCAGCACGGACAGCAGCAGUGUCAGCGCAGCCAUGCUAUACAGCUUCUCGAUCCUCUUCCUCCCGCUCAUGCACCUCUGCACUGGCCGCUCCCUCCCCCGCUCCGCCCUCCUCGCCGUGCUAACAGCGCUCGUCGCCAUGGGGGUGCUCAACGAGCAGAGCCUCGCAUCUGCAUCCGCAUCCGUAUCCGCCGCCGCUCCCCUCGCCGCCCUUCCCCCCUCGGCCCUCCUCCCUUCCUCCUCCUUGGCUGUCGCCGGCGGGCUUAUCCCUCUCCCAUCCCUCUCGUCCCUACCCUCUCUGCCCACCCUCCCCUCGUUCUCUCUCCCGCGCUCCAUCGACCUGGCGGCCAUGGGCGGGUCGCUCAUAGCCGGGCUACAGAUCUUCCGCUCCGAGGCCCUCACAGCGCGCUUUGACCCGCUUCGCCUGUCGGCCGUCCAGGCCGGCUCCCUGGCUGUGCUGGGGGUGGCCUGGGAGGCUGUGUAUGUGGCCAUGGGUGGGUCCCACUCCCAUGCUCUCGACCCCUCUGCUGCUGCUGCUUCUUCUUCUUCCGCUGCUGCUGCUGCUGCCGCAGUUGGAGGUUUCAGCACAGAAGCAGCAGCCGAGGGGGUUGCGGAGCUUCUAGAUCAACUGCAGCAUCUGCCAUGGCUACCGCUGAUCUACGGCGGUGCCGUGGGGUCCGGGCUCUGUGCGUGGCUGGAGCUCUGUGGCCUUCGCAAGGUGCCUGCGUCUGUUGCCAUGCUGGUUUACACUACCAUUCCCCUCUGGGGCGCGCUCUUUUCUUUCGCUGCCCGCGGCGAGGUGCCCGGGUUUUCGACUGCCCUGGGAGGGGGGAUGAUAGUGCUGGUGAGCUUGCUGGCUAAGGGAAUGCUGGUGGAAGGGGAGAGGGGGAGGAGCGAGGGGGAGGGUGGGGGUGAGGAGAGGGAGGGAGUGGGAUCUGGUGGUGCAAACGAUGGCGGGAUCGAGGAAGCAGACGAAAGGGAGAGGGAGAAGGGAGGCGGAGGGAAGGCAGUGGGGCUGAAAUGGAAGAAGGCAUGGGAUUCGAUUCUGUCCAGGAGUGGUGGCGAUACGGAUGUGGGUAGAGAGCUGCAGCUAGUGAGCGGAAACAAAAAGGACAGGGAGAGAGGUGGGGCGGAGGAGGAGGAGGAUGAUGACGAGGAGGAUGAGGAGUGGGAGGAGGCAGAGGAGGGUGAGGAGGAGGGCAAGCAGGGAGGAGAGGGAGUGGAGGAGGGAGGGAAGGAGGGGGAGAAGAAGGAGGGGGAGGAGGAGGGGGAGAAGAGUGAGCAGCUGUCAGCAGCGCUGCUGACAUCGCAGCUCAAGUUCCCCUUCUAUGCAGCCCAGGCUAAACACGUGCUGCUCAAACUCAAGGCCAAGCUCGGAGCCACCAAGACUAUCGCGCUCGCACUCCCUUCACUGCCCUCCCUCCCCUCCCUGCCCUCCUUCCCCUCCCUCCCUUCCUUCUCUCACUUCUCCUUGGCGCCUGCCUCCUCGUCCUCCGCCUCCUCUCUCCCUUCGCUCGUAACGCUGCCAUCUCCCGGCGCCUCGACCGCUGCAUCUGCAGCCAUCAAGAGCGCUGCUGCUACUGCUGCUGGUGCUGGUGGUGGUACCAGCAGCUGGAAGAGUCUUUUGGCAAGGGCUUCUCCUACUUCUUCUGGUGGCGCCUUAACCACUGGGCCUCUCCCUUCCUCCCAUGGGGCUCCCCUCUCCGUCUCAUCUGCGUCCUCCUCUCACUCUUACUUGGCGUCUGGAGGACACCCGGCAGUUGCUGCUUCGUCCCAUGCCCCUGUUGCCUCUCACACCCCUGCUGCCAUAGCCUCAUCUGUUCCGAGUGCUGCUAGUAAGCACGCUGAUACCACGACCACAACCAUCACUACCACCACCACCACCGUUACCACCACCGCUACCACUGCCACUGCCACUGCAACUUCCAGUACCACUGGUACCGCUGCCACUGCAGCUUCUGCGCCUCACGCCUCUGGAAGCAUUGAAGCCCUGCAUACAGUCACAUCCGGUACUGGAGCACCUGGUGCUGCCACUGCUGGUGCUGCUGGUGCUGCUGGCGCCACUGCUGCUGGUGGUGCCAAGGGUGCUGCGGGUGCUGCUGGUGCUGGUGCUGCUGCUGGUGCUAUCGGUGGCGAAAGUGGAGGAGCAGGAGGUUCAGGCGGCAUGUGUGCGGUCUCUGGCUUUGCCUCCUCGUCUUCCUCCCUCUCCUCCUCCUCCUCUGGCUCUCUCCAGCCCACUGCAACACCAGAACUGCACAUCACCGCAGCUGCUGCCUCCCCCGCUGCCUCCACCGCUGCCUCCUCUGCUGCAGUCCCAGUCCCAGAUGUGACUCCUCCUCCUCCUCCUCCUCCUGUUAGCAUUGCUGCGUCUGCUGCCGUGCCCAGCAGUCCCCCCACCGCUAGUCCUCCUCCUCCUCCCCCCCCUGCCUCGCCCCUGAGUGUCCCGUCGACGGCAACGAUCGCUGCAGCGGACGGACUCACUCCCAUUCCUCCCUCCACUCCGUCCACUUCCACUGCUCUCCCCACUCCCGCCCCCGCUGCUGCUGCUGAUGGUGUUGCCUCUGCUGCUGCCAGCGCCGGCUCCUCCCUCUCUCCGUCGUCCACUCCUGCUGCCACUGCUGCUGCUCCUGCCGCCGCCACCCCUGCCGCUACCUCCGCCCCUGGCGAUGCUACAGUGCACUCCCUGCUCUCUUCCCCAGACCCCCUGUCCCAUACAGCCAAUGCUGUGUCUAAGAUUGCUUUUCAUGCCCCUCUUGUCCCUCCUUCCUCUAGUGCCGACGCUCUGACAAUUAAGCUGCAUGCAUCGUCUGCGCUUAUGUCGGCUGCCUCAGCUGCUGUUUCCUCUUCUACCGCCCCUCCUGCUGCUUCCUCUGUUGCUGCAUCCUCGUCCGCUCUAGGUGCAACCCUGGCGGGUCCAUGCGGGGCUACGGCUGCUGCUGCUGCUUCUGCUGCUGCGACAGCAGCAGGAGCAGGCGCAGGGGGGGGAGUGGGAGGUGGAGGAGGAGGGGUUGGGGAUAUCGCCUCUGUGGCUGCUGUUGCUGCUGCUGGUGCGAUGCAUGUCAUGGAAGGGGCAGCAUCAGCAGCCUCAAUGGCAACAGCUGCAGUGGGAGACAUGGUGGCUUCAUCUGCUGCUGCUGUCAUGGGAUCUGCUGCCGAUACAGCUGCUGAUGCCGUUGGCAAGAUUGCUCAUACUGGUAUGCCUGCUGCUGCUGCUGCUGCUGGUGCUUUGGAGGGUGUGGCUGCUACAGCUGCAGCAGCAGCAGCAGCAGGCAUGGCAGGAGCGGUAGGAGUGGCAGGAGCAGCAGGGACUGCCGCAGUGGCUGCUGGAACAGCAGCCGUGGCAGCUGUAGCGGCAGCGGCAACAGAUGUUGCUGCUGCUGCUUCUGCUGCUGCUACAGCCUCUCCUGCGGUAGAUGUGUUGGGGACUGUGGCCUCUUCACCUUCAGUAUCCCCUGCUACUGCUGCAGAGACUGCUCGUGCUGUUUCGUUACUGAGUGCUCCUUUUGAGCUGUUGGGUACACUUGAUAUGGGAGCACUUUCGCGUGGGAUAUUGGAGCAUGCAACCAUGCACUUGUGAGGACAUCUGGUUUGGUAGAGGUUGUCUGUAUGGUCAAUGCGCCUUUUUGUCUGUAUAGUCAAUAUUCCUUGUUCUGUCUACUAUAUAGUGGGAUGGGAUUAUUCACACCGUACUGUAUGUUACUAUGUAUAGUCCCUGUAUGCAAGCCCUAUAAUCAUGC